UUUCACUAAUAACUCUUUGCUUUCUACAACCUGUUUUGUUAAUUCAACUUUUUUUGCUUUCCACUUCUCUAUUCAAAGCUCGCUUGAUAACAACGGAAGAGGAGGUUUAACAAUCAAUCUUGAUUUUUUUUUUGGAUUUUAAGUUGGGACCAGCUCUCCUCAAAAAGUUAAAUAAGAAAGAAGGAGGUGGAGGAACUGCAAUUCAAACCAGGCCACAAUAAACAAAAGUGAAUUGUUCAUUCCACUUCAUCGAGGUUACCAGUUCCAGUUGAUCAACUGGUUUUCCUUGAAGAAGAAAGUGAAAGUACGAAAGCCAUUUCUCCUGAGUUAUCGUUCAACAUAAAGUCUACAAAACUCUAUUUUUCACCAAAAAACAUCAGCAAAUUUUUGAUACAGAUACUGACUACGAUGGCUACUUAUUUAUCAAUUUUGAUUAUCAUCUGUUCAUAUUUUUCAUCAAAUUUCUUGGUCCAAUCAGCUAACAUAACUGAUCAAUUUACUGACUCUAAACAUGGUAUCCAAAUGGGUAAAGUAAUUCAAGGAUGUGACGAUGCUAAAACCAACUUGGAACUUGACUGGAAUAAUUCGCCAACAGAUUACCUUUGCUUUCACCCAAAAAAUCCAUAUCCAGUGAAAAGAAUAAAAAGCAUUCAAGAAUGUGUUCAACUUCCGUCUGAUUAUUAUCCUCAACAUUUUUGUAUGGACACUAAGCUUUCAUAUAACGUGACUCUCCCCACUUACGGAGACCAUAGACCACUGUGGCCGGUCUUCGGUGAAUACAAAUACGUUCCUCCACAAAGAUGGCUUCAUAACAUAGAGCAUGGAGCCGUUGUUAUGUUAUACCAUCCGUGUGCACAUCCGUUUAUGGUUAAUAGAUUACGUGCCAUUGUUCGAGGAUGUAUCCGUAAACACAUUAUAACACCAUACGUUCAUCUGGACCCUGAUCGCCCUCUUGCUUUGAUUUCUUGGGGCUGUUCCUUGAAAAUAAAUUAUGUCAAAAGACAAGAAAUUGUCAAUUUUAUAAGAACUACUGCGCUUCAUGGACCUGAAGGAAAGUACGCUAAAGAAGGGCAAUUCACCAAAAAUCUGAUUAAAAUUGCCACUGUACCAAAAGGAUCAAAUUAUAACGAUACUCAAUUAUGUCCAUUUUUUUAAUCUACCCAUCCAUCUUGCCUGACAAAAAUAUUUAAUAGCUUUUUUUGAAUCUUUUUUGAAUUUCUACAAUGUGAUCAAUUUUUGGGUGAAUAAUUGGGAAGGUGUGCCAUACGAAGCUUAAGAAUCUUCUCAUUCAUCAGUCCACACCAAAAGAGACUUUAAAAGUCACACAAGAAACUAUCCUGGAUGCAAAAGCAGGAAUGUUAAGGGAGACCAAAACCUUACAUGCUUAUUGUUGUGAUCUCAUGUAUUUCUCCAGUUUCGUGCUCUUUUACUAUUAAUUGUACAUCUAAAUAACGAGUCAACUGUGAAAGAUUUACUUAAUCAACAAUCAACUUAAAUAACCCAUUCCCAUAACAACUGUAAAAUUACGUGAAAACCUUGUGAUCACAAUCUAGUUUACCAAGUCAUUAAUAAUAGACCAAUGUCUUUCUAUCUUAUUAUAAUUCAACUGAUUCUCACAAUCCUUAUAUACAUCCCACUUUUCCACUAUUUUUCUCUAUCAACCUCUAUUUUUAACAAGAUGUGGUUAUGAGAAUCGUUAAUUAUUCAUUUGUACCCGCACUUUGAUGACUAAAUUAGCUCUAUUGUUUUGGUGAUCGAUAUAAACAUGUUGAUGAAUUU